UUUUCUUCUCCCGAAACGAAGUGAUUCCUCUCGGUGGCACAGGAUCUUUGUGCGGCAGCAGCGCCCAUGCCUGCUGUGCUCUGUGACUGCGGGAGGAUGGACGGUGUGUCGCCGGGACACUGCCUCUCAUGUCUCACCAGUCUGGUGGCCACACCGGCUUCAACACAGCCAAACUGCCACACGGACUCGGAGGAGGACACAGUCAAUGGAGGGAUGCACACCUUCAACCAGAUGCACACGAGGAAAGCUUUCCAGCUGAUGAACGACCUGAGGAGUAAAAAGAUGCUGUGUGAUGUCCAGCUGAUUGCAGGGAGCGUUGAAGUGCCUGCUCACCGGGUGGUCCUGGCAGCCUGUAGCCCCUACUUUUGUGCCAUGUUCACAGGUGACAUGAGUGAGAGCAAGGCACAUCAGGUGGAGAUCAGAGAGGUGGAAGGUCAGACCCUGAGAAAACUAGUUGAUUACAUCUACACGGCUGAGAUUGAGGUGACAGAGGACAACGUCCAGGUGCUGCUGCCAGCAGCGAGCCUCCUCCAGCUGAUGGAUGUUCGUCAGGUUUGCUGUGAGUUCCUGCAGUCGCAGCUUCACCCCACCAACUGUCUGGGUAUCAGAGCCUUUGCCGACCUUCACACGUGCACACAGCUUCUUGGCCAGGCCCACGCAUACGCUGAGCAGCAUUUCACAGAGGUGGUGCAGGGUGAAGAGUUUCUAGGCCUUUCUCUGCAGCAAGUGUGCAGCCUCAUCUCCAGUGACAAACUCACCGUCUCCACAGAGGAAAAGGUAUUUGAGGCUAUGAUUUCUUGGAUCAAGUCUGAUAAGCCGGCUCGUCUGGAACACAUGCCCAAACUAAUGGAGCACGUCAGACUUCCACUGCUGUCCAGGGAUUACCUGGUGCAGAUCGUGGAGGAAGAGGCUUUGAUAAAGAACAACAACACGUGUAAAGAUUUUCUCAUAGAAGCGAUGAAGUAUCACCUGCUGCCGGCCGACCAGCGGCACCUCAUCAAGACAGACAGAACCCGACCGAGGACGCCCAUCAGCAUCCCCAAGGUGAUGAUUGUAGUCGGCGGUCAGGCUCCUAAAGCGAUUCGCAGUGUGGAGUGUUACGACUUCCAGGAAGACCGUUGGUACCAAGUAGCUGACCUCCCAUCGAGACGCUGCCGGGCAGGCAUCGUGUCCAUGGCGGGCCGUGUGUAUGCAGUCGGGGGCUUCAACAGUUCACUGCGGGAGCGGACGGUGGACGUGUACGACGGCGUGAGAGACCAGUGGAGUGCAGUGGCCAACAUGCAGGAGAGACGCAGCACACUGGGAGCCGCCGUGCUGGCGGAUCUACUGUACGCUGUGGGGGGCUUCAACGGAAGUAUAGGUUUGUCGACGGUGGAAGUCUACAAUUAUAAAAUCAACGAGUGGAUCUACGUGGCCUCCAUGAACACUCGACGCAGCAGUGUGGGUGUGGGGGUGGUUGAUGGUAAGUUGUAUGCAGUAGGAGGCUAUGAUGGAGCGUCUCGUCAGUGUCUCAGUACAGUGGAAGAAUACGACCCCGUCUCUGAUCAGUGGUGCUAUGUAGCUGAUAUGAGCACGCGACGUAGUGGAGCAGGUGUGGGUGUGCUGGGCGGUCAGCUGUUUGCGGCAGGAGGACACGACGGACCUCUAGUGAGGAAGAGCGUCGAGGUGUACGACCCACAUACCAACGCCUGGAGACUCGUCUGUGACAUGAACAUGUGUCGACGGAACGCAGGCGUCUGUGCGAUCAACGGACUGCUGUACGUGAUCGGCGGAGACGACGGGUCCUGUAACCUCUCGUCCGUGGAGUUUUACAACCCGGCCACAGACAAGUGGAGCCUCAUUCCCACCAACAUGAGCAACGGACGGAGCUACGCAGGGGUUGCUGUGAUUGACAAGCCACUAUGACGGCAGCUGUCCCAGAGCAUCAGCUAUGCAAUCGGCAGCCGGUGACUCACAGUGACAUCUGGAGCUCGUGAGGAAAAACCGAGAAGUUCCACCUGCGAUUAACUCUGUCCAAAACGGACGGGUCGCUCUCGAUCCUUUAGGUGACUCUAUUGCGGGUGGAUCUUGUCCAGUGGAAGAAGAUGGGGGGGGGGGGGUUUGGUGCUAAAACAAAACCAGAUUUUUUAACUGCUUCAAACUUCCAUCAUCUCCACCGCUGCACUCGAUAUGAAGCAAUAGAGACAAAAGAGAGUGAGAAGAGCAGUGUCACAGUGAGAAGUUCCUCAGAUGCCAAGCACAUGACAAGCAACUGUAUCAGCUGAUGUUGGAGAGACUUGUUGUCAGGAAGCAGCUGAACUUGACAAACGGAGCAAAGCGCCUUAGAUGCUCCGUGGUGUGAAGGUGACGUUUCCUGUGACGGGAGCUGAACUCAACAAACACCAGCUGACGGAGACUCACACGUCGCCGGGCAGACUCUGCUUACAGAGUUCAUGGUGUUGCUGCAAUAAUCAGCACAUGAGUGGCUGUUGAAGGAGCAUCUAGGAAACCUGGGCGCGUCAUUGGCUAUUUAAAAAAGAAAAGAAAAAAAAGACACUUGCCACAGUUCCUACAAUGUAAACGAGCGUAAAGCUCUGUUUGCUCAGCUUGAUUUAGAGAAGCUUGAUUCCUGUGCCGACCGUCAUCGGCACUUUCCUGCUGUUGGAACUAAAUGUAAAACCGCCGCAGUUCUCAACUCAAAGACCCCGAGGAGCUGCGAGGUGAUUCAAAGAAUGUUUGGAGCGUCUUAUAUGCAAAUUGUCAUAUUUAGUAUUUUUGGAUUGUUUUCAAAGAGGUUGAAAACAGACCCAGGCGGGCCGAUCUGACGAAUCAGCAGGACUUGAUUCUUUUAGUCAACACACUACUGAUGCACUUAACACUUGCACUGACUGAUGUGGACCGGCGGACGUCUGCCUGUCUCUCUGACCUGCUGUCAGAUUCCCUCCGUACUCACGGGGAACGUUUAAACUCGACACGUAUUAAAGGCCGAUCAUUUCAUCAGACAUUACAAAAACAAAAUGGUGCCAGUUACAACCAUCAGAAUAGUUCCAGAGAUGUUUUUAUCACUUAGCAAUGUGCAAUGGUUCAUUAUUUUUCUGUUCAUUGUUUGAGGAGUGUGUCCGAAUGCACUGUAGAAAAAUCCAGCUGUAAAAAAAAAUAAUUCUAAUGUAAAAGAUCACAGGUUUAAGAUUUUCUAUUUAUUGUUUUUUGGUCCAGUUGAUAACACAGAGCGUUUAUCGAGGUUUGCAUUUCAUUUUCUCAUCCUACUAACGUCACGUUCAUUCAGACGACGGUGGGCGUGUUUCAGACGUGACUGACCGGUGCCAUCGCUUCGAUUCUGUGAAGAGAAGAGAUUCAGAGAAGCUGUUUUUUUCUUUUUCAGCCAACUUUUCAUUUCUGUCAACAAUCUUCUAAAAAUCACAGAGUAAAACUGGAAACAAACCCGCUGCCAUUUCAAACCCCCCCAUAACAAAGACGUAUAUAAAAUACUUGAAAAGA